AUGUCCCGACGCCUAGGAAGACCCGCGAAGAAGAGAGACAACACGCAAGACGAUUGCUUGGAUCGUGGAAUAUCAAAUCACCCUCGUCAUCAGACCAACCGAAGAGUUCGGAGUCCCAGGAAGAGGAAGGUAAAGCGGGACUCAGGAAAGAGAAGUGGGCAUGAUAUAACGAACCCUCAGGAUGACGAGGAGGUGAUCUUGGACGAAAUCACCUUCAACGACUCCAUUGUGGAUGAUAUGUCCACUGAGGAUCCACGCUUACCAACCCCACCAUUCUUAGAUACAGACAGAUUAUCACUCUAUGAUGGCUCCGAUACCAUUGACCUGUCCGACAACUGGCUACAGGAGUUUAUAUCUGGUCAACCGGCCGACUUGACGCAGGACCGUAACUUCCUCGAUGCCCUUGGUCUAAAUAGCGCCGACAGCACCCUCACAGCGAUACCAUCAAGCACAAAUGACUUCACAGGCUCUGCCAAGACAAUCGAUGUUGCUUCCUCCGAGCUGCAGGACCAGCUGCCAUUAGCCGCCUACUACCCGCCAGCAAGUGGCUUCUCAUCCUAUAGUGAGCCAACGACUGAAAGUGCCCAGAUAAUGAGUGAGAUAGCGUCCCCUUAUACAGGAUUUGUCAAAAGGGAAUCGCUUGCCUGGUCACAGACUAUACCUUCUUCCAUGGGAAACGAUUCUGCUAGAUUGUCCGGCACGGGUGAACAACUGAACCCAUCGAUUACAACCAAGGGACAACGACGCGCCCACGAAUAUGAUCACUCAUCGGAAGGUCCAGUGCCAACGACUAUUUCUGCCCGCCAAUACCAGUGUCAGUGCCAUGAUCACAUUGCUCGAGAUUUGAUGCUUCUCAAUAUAAGCGCUUCUCGCACAUGGCCAACUGUUACAAUUGACUCGAUCUUAAAAUGUCAGCAGAUCUUACAGCAGUUGACCGAUACUAUCCUCGAAUGCGCCAUUUGCUGCAAAACACGAGUAAAUCUGCUCAUGAUAGUGAUCGUUAGCAUCGACAGUCUGAUCACCGCACUUGAAACAAUCACGUCCGUUGACAGUGGUGUUUGGGACGGCGUCUCUUCCGUCAUCAUUUGGAAGAUUGAGCAUGAUUUCAGAGACAAAUCGAAGGGUGCAGUUGGUUAUGAUGAAAAUGAAACCGCCUGCGAGACGUUGAACUGGUAUAAUAUCUAG